AUGACCAUUAUCGACUGCGAACAGCUACCGUAUGGAUCAUCGAAUACCACCACUGUUUUCAUAACUUUCUAUGCCUUCCCGUCCCUCCUCCUCCGCCUCUCCGCCCCUUCACAAACUCAUCUCUGUCAUCGUUUGUAUGGAAUUCAAGCUCUUUACAUCCCGAGACUCGCCAUAGCUUCCACCAAGCUCAGCAACCGGUAUGGCUGGCGCUACAUCACCAUGGUGGGCACAGUCAACAGCAACGAAGUCUGGAGACACGAUGCCUUUCUUCUUCAAGAUAUCGAUGUCCAGAUCAUCUGGCUUCCUUCAUCGUGGUAG